AUGGGAAAGUCUGGAACUCUCAAUCCCAGAUUGAUAUAUAAAAGGUAUUCUUCUGAUCAAGGAAUAGUGUACCGUGUUGGAAAAAACGGAACUCUUGUUAAAGAAGGAGUCUUUUCAUCUGAAGCAGAAAUUGAAAGCAUUAGAAGAAAAAUUCGAAAAAAUCCAUCGUCAUUAUGCUCUGAUCUCGGUAAGCCUCCAAAAUUUGUCCUGCUUAAACCAAAAAUAGCUCCUAAAAGAAUUCAAGAACAAGAAAUUAAUCAAAAUCAAAUCAUUACCGAAGAAUACGAUUGUAUAGCUCCGUUUGAACCAAUUGACUAUUCCAAUACGUUAGAACCAAAUAUCGAAAUUGAUUUUUCCGAUGAUCUACAUUUCAAUUUGAAUCAAGUAGAUUCUCCAAUAGACCUUAACUUAUAA